AUGCGUCCUUCUUCCAAAACGACACGUCUAUUCUCGGGCCGUGUGAAACUCUCAUCCAACAACCUCAAAUUUAUUUAUUUUGACACACCAACAACAACAACAACAACAAUACAUUCAUCAUGUACCAUUGCUCACAUCAUCCAUCAUCAUUGCUUGAAUGAAAAAUUUCACUGUGAUCGCUUUUAUCACCAAUCAUCUUCCAAUCAUUAUUCUCAACCAUCCUCUCCUCAUCAAAAAUUACAACUAUUCGAUCAAUCACCACCCAUCAAAAAACAAAUUAGAAAAAUAUAUAAAGUCACCCAUCCUGAUUUAUUCACCAAUGAACAUUACAAAAAAGUCAAUUCUCAAUCCCUCUCUACAUUUCAAAAUUUCAUUGAUGAAUACAAAGGAUAUUUAAAGAAUAAUUUUUCAAAUAGUAAUAAUAGUAAUACUACUCUUAAUAGAUUUCAACUCAACAAGUAUGAUUUACAAUUUUAUAUAAAAGAAAAACAAGAAAUGAAAAAAAUUACUCUCUUUGGCUUACCACAGAAUAUUCAAUUAUCCACCACUCAACAACAUGAAUGUUUUGUAAAGAAUGUCGAAUAUUUAUAUUCUCAAUUAUUUGUGGGCAACAAUGGUGGUGAUGACAAUAAUCAUAGUAGUAGUAAUGUCAAUAAUGGCAACAAUGGUACCACUUAUAGUAAUGACCAUUCAAGGAAUUCUUCUUCCCUUGAAGAAUAUUAUCAAUCAAGUUUUUUCAUGACAACAACAACCAAUCGUUCAAAUCCAUUUGAACAAUACCAUUCACACCACUUUGAUCAAACUCCUUUUAACGAUCCAUUUGAUCAACACCACAACACUCACACACAAACUUCUUCUCAUUUCAACCCACAACAUGUCAUUCAUAUAGUCAAUGAAUUUAACAAGACAUGUAAUUUAGAUUUUGAAAUUUUAUAUAUUCGAAGAUUUGAAAUACUAUCUAAUUUAAUUAGAAACAAAUUAUGUGAUUGUAUUCAUGCUAAAUCUAUUAGAUUUUAUAAUUAUUAUGAUACUUCUGAUUUAUUUGAAAAACAAUAUGAAACCAUUAUGAAAUGGACUCAUUUAUUACAUACUAAAUAUGGUAUUGAUACUUCCCAAUGGGGUAAAAAAGAAAUGAAACAUGAAAUUAUUUCAAAUUUGAAAAGACAUGAAGAUCCCUAUCAUUACUGUCAUCAUGGUGUUGAUGAUACUAUCAACAAAUCAUCCUCUUCUUCAUCCUCUUCUUCUUCUACUCCCAUCUAUCCCUAUGAAAUAUCUCUUCUAAGAAGAAAAUUAAAUCAACAAAUUCAAAUUAAAUUUGGAAGUGGACAUACAGGUAUUAACAAAUUAGGAUGGAUUAAUUUAAAUCCACAUGAUUCUGCUCAACAUUGGAUGAAUUAUUUAAUCUAUGAAUUAACAGAUCAAGAUAUUGAAAGAAUUAAAAAUUAUGAACUCUACACUGAGAUGGUAUUGAGAAUGGAAAAGAAAGUAACAAGUCAAUCAUCAUCAUCAUCAUUACAGGAUGAUCAUGUGGAUGGUGUGAAUAGGAGUGUUAGAGGUGGUGGUGGUAGUAGUAUUUAUGGUGAUCAUUGGAAUCUUCUUGGUGAUGAUGAUGACAAGAAUCAUCAUUCUGGCACUGAAUGGAAAAAGAACUCGAAUCCAUUCACCAAAUAUUAUUAUAAUGAUAAUUUGAAUAGUAAUCAUCAUCAUCAAACCGAUCAUCAUCACAACAACAACAACAACAUGUACAUUCAAAUUCAACAAAUUACAUGUCUCAAUGAUGAAAUUAUGCAUGAUGAAAGAUAUUUAAAAUUAUUAAGUGAAUUGAUAAGAAUUGGAAAGAAGGAUUUAAAUAUUGAACAUAAUGAUUCAACUACUACUACUACUACUACUACUACUACUACUACUACGAAUCAUUUAUAUAAAAUUAUAGUGUAUAGAGAUGAUGAUGAUGAACAACAACAACAACAUGAAAAGACAAGAAGAACAACCAAUCAUCAAGAAGAAUCCAUUCGAUCCAAUUCUUCUUCCAUUCAAAUUAAUCAUCCAUUCAUUUAUUUACCACUCAGUUGUAUUGACAAGUAUGACAGUCAUAGACGUGGUCAUGAUCACAACAAUCACAACAAUCACAACAAUCACUCCAUCGAUGGUCAUGAUCACAACAAUCACAACAAUCACUCCAUUCAUCUCUUAUUGAAUCAAAUCAUUCUUCAAUGUUACCAUGAUUUAAAUCACAAUGAUCAAGAAAAGAAACAAUUAGAGAUUCAACAAAUGCUCAAUGAAACGAGACAUUAUUUGAAUUUAAGAAAUUUAACAUGUGUUCACGCUCUAUCAUUGAAUGACAUUUAUGUGGCAUGUAUGAAAUUAGUGAAAUUUAGAGAUGUUUUAUAUCCCUAUUUGAAACAUCGAAAUGUAUUAAUUGUGAAUGAUUCUGAUCCAUGUAUGGUGAGAAUACGAAAUGGAGAAUUAAAUAUUGAAAUACCAUUUAAUUUUUAA